CCUCGGUCGGGACUAUUCCGUGAAACAUUGCCCUCCAGUCUUUCGACGACAAAGUCACUCCGCGUCAAUUCAUCAAGACGACUUCUCCAUCUUGGACAAAUUUCUCACAGCCUCUGCUGUAAUACAAGCAACGAUGGCCACCUCCGUCAAUGAUCUCCCGAACGAGAUCCUAAGCCAGAUAUUCUCCCAUCUGGACCGGCCUGCCCCAUCAGACUCGAAACUCCACGAUCAACCGAGCUCCUUCAUGCUGCAGAAUAUCUUCUUUGACCGUGAUCUCAAGACCACUUCUCUCGUUUGCAAGCGAUGGCGAGGUGCUGUUCUCCCUCUGUUGUUCCGCCAUGUGGUCUGGACCUUUGACCGAUUCGAGCUGCCGCUCAUGGAAGAGACGGGAAAUCCUGCUUCCGCAAUUGACUUUUUGUCUUUCCUUAGAGCGAAUAACUUGAUCAACUAUGUUAAAACGCUUUCAAUGUUCGUCGACGAUGCUAUGGGCGGCGUAUCGGACGGCACCAGCAGUGCCACUCUCAUGGAAACAGGCUUUGCGAACAAGGCCUCGUACAGCGAAGACUAUAACUGGCUCUGGGCAACAAUCUUUGAACAUAUCGAUCCCAUCCGGCUCACCAUGAUUGCGUCACCACGAGUGCUGGCCCAAAUGCUAUCACGUAUGCUCUUCCUCGGGGAUGCGUGGAACUUCUCCAUGCCUAGGCACGUUUUGUCACUCUCGCGCAAAGACAAAAGGACGAAGGACACACAAAUCAAGGCACUGGCGACAGCACCAUCAUCAAGUCAGGCAUCUGGUUCUGAACCCACACAUCAAAAGCGGAUUCCUUGUAACUUAUUCACCAUCCGCCCAUGGCAGGCUCUAUUACUCAACGAAGGAUCCUCGACACGAGUUUACAAGACAUACGAAUUUUACCUCAAACGUCCGCCAUCCAUCCUCGGCGCUCUGUUGGGAGCAGAAGAAUUCCCAAACGACGAGCCCAUGAUUCCCCUCUCGAUUCGCGACCUCUCCUACGUCGGCAUAUUCCCCCUCUCGAGCCACUUCAACACCCUCGUCCAAAACGUCCCGCGCCUCGACCGCCUCUUCGUCCAGCUCGUCCCACGAAACGAUAUCCUCUCCGACCCGGACGAAAUGCGCAACGUCGACCUCGCCGACCUCUGGAUGGAGCGCAACACGGCCUACUCGAUGCUCUUUCGCGAGCUCUUCAACCCGAGCCCGGACAGCCCCUGGCUCGAUCUGAGCGUCUUUGAGAGCGGCGACGCGGCGGAUAAAGAGGCGUGGGAUAUGGCGGUGCAGUUUGUGCAGUUUAGCGGCGUGCAGGGGUGGCGGGUCGCGGGCGAGGGCGUCUUUGCGAGGGAUGGGGACGAGGACGGCGUCAGUGCGAUCCUCGGCAUGUCUCAGCUUCCGGGUAGGCUCAGACGAAUGGCGUUCAACGGGGUUGCCCCGCUGCCGGUGUCUAGCGUCACACUUUACAUGAGAGAUGCAAACACGCCGUAGACGGUAGACGGAAGUUUUUAGGGUAUCUGCAUGAAAAUCAGGAUAGUGCUUGGGCGUCCAUGCCAGGCUAGGUGCACAACUUAUGAUGAUGAAGUCUCCAAAGGCUAUGAUACGGGAAGAUAUACUGGGGACAUGAACUAUAGUGCAGUCACCAGCUUCAACUUCGAGUUUGCUCGCCACAAUUUGAAAGCUUUAUGCUAUUCAUCAC